GAGAGGGAGAGGGCCAGCGAGGAAAGGCUAGGAAGAGUGGCUGGUAUCCGGGAAUCCCGCGAAGAGAGCGAGGAAGCGAACGAUCUUAGGAAAGCUAAUGAACUAGGGAGAAUAAGGGAGAGUGAGACUGACGGGUAGCCAGGAGGACGGACGUAUGCCCGGACAGACAGAAGGCGCCGGAGAACCUCUGCUAGGUUCCUUCUGCCUUUCCCUUUGAAAAGCAGGAUAUUUUUUUUUCGGUGGCGCCCAAGAAAGAAUGCUGGACUCUGCUGUCCUCAGCGCUAGCUAAGGUUUCUCAGCUAGGGAAGAAAGAUCAGCCCAGUCCUGAGAGGAGGGGCAGUAAAUAUCUCCUGUCUCUAGUCCCCUUCCCUCCCCCCCACAAAACUCGGGGGCCAAACCCAGACCUUCCCUAACCACCUGACUUCCUCCUCUCCUUUCUAGCAUGGUGGCUGUAUGGACAGUCUGACAGAACAGAGACUGACAUCUCCCAAUCUGCCGGCCCCCCACCUGGAACACUACAGUGUUCUGCAUUGCACCAUGACCCUGGAUGUGCAAACUGUAGUCGUUUUUGCUGUGAUUGUAGUCCUCCUUCUUGUCAAUGUCAUACUCAUGUUUUUUCUGGGAACGCGCUGAAUGGAGUCCAGCCACCUGAGCUGUUGCGAACUCUCGCUUUGAUUUCAUCCCAAGAGCCACCGAGAAAAAAAAAAAAAAAAAAAGCAAGAGAGACAGUCCGAGACAGGGAAAGAGAGGGAGAGAAAAAGCAAGCGUUCUUACUCAGGGGGGAAAACGUUUUGAGCUUCAACAUGGCCUCGCUGUGAUAUGUAUGACGUUGCUGAUCACUGGAGAUUCCAUCGUUAGUGCUGAGGCAGUAUGGGAUCACGUCACCAUGGCCAACCGGGAGUUGGCUUUUAAGGCUGGCGACGUCAUCAAAGUCUUGGAUGCUUCCAACAAGGAUUGGUGGUGGGGCCAGAUCGACGAUGAGGAGGGAUGGUUUCCUGCCAGCUUUGUGAGGCUCUGGGUGAACCAGGAGGAUGGGGUGGAGGAAGGGCCCAGUGAUGUGCAGAAUGGGCACCUGGACCCCAACUCAGACUGCCUCUGUCUGGGCCGACCACUGCAGAACCGGGACCAGAUGCGGGCCAAUGUCAUCAAUGAAAUUAUGAGCACUGAGCGUCACUACAUCAAGCACCUCAAGGAUAUUUGCGAGGGCUACCUGAAACAGUGUCGAAAGAGAAGGGACAUGUUCAGUGAUGAGCAACUGAAAGUAAUCUUUGGGAACAUUGAAGACAUCUACAGGUUUCAGAUGGGCUUUGUGAGAGACUUGGAGAAGCAGUACAACAAUGAUGACCCCCAUCUCAGUGAAAUAGGACCUUGCUUUCUAGAGCACCAAGAUGGAUUCUGGAUAUACUCUGAGUAUUGUAACAACCACUUGGAUGCCUGCAUGGAACUCUCCAAACUGAUGAAGGACAGCCGCUACCAGCACUUCUUUGAGGCCUGUCGUCUCUUACAGCAGAUGAUUGACAUUGCUAUUGAUGGUUUCCUUUUGACUCCAGUGCAAAAGAUCUGCAAAUAUCCUUUACAAUUGGCUGAGCUCCUCAAGUAUACUGCCCAAGAUCACAGUGACUACAGAUAUGUUGCAGCUGCUUUGGCUGUCAUGAGAAAUGUGACUCAGCAGAUCAAUGAACGCAAGCGACGUCUGGAGAAUAUUGACAAGAUUGCUCAGUGGCAGGCCUCUGUCUUAGACUGGGAGGGCGAGGACAUCUUAGACAGGAGCUCAGAACUGAUCUACACUGGGGAGAUGGCCUGGAUCUACCAGCCCUAUGGACGCAACCAGCAGCGAGUUUUCUUCCUGUUUGACCACCAGAUGGUCCUCUGCAAGAAGGAUCUAAUCCGGAGAGACAUCCUAUACUAUAAAGGCCGCAUUGACAUGGAUAAAUAUGAGGUAAUUGACAUCGAAGAUGGCAGAGAUGAUGACUUUAAUGUCAGCAUGAAGAAUGCUUUCAAGCUUCAUAACAAAGAGACAGAAGAGGUACAUCUGUUCUUUGCCAAGAAAUUGGAGGAAAAAAUACGUUGGCUCAGAGCUUUCAGAGAAGAGAGAAAAAUGGUACAGGAAGAUGAAAAAAUUGGCUUUGAGAUUUCUGAAAACCAGAAGAGGCAGGCUGCAAUGACUGUGAGAAAAGUCCCUAAACAAAAAGGUUCCCUCAAGCAUAUCUGGGACUGGCUGGUCUUUUCACUGAGAACACUUCAAGCAAAGGAACAUCCACAAAUCAACCAACCAGAAGUUAGUCCUGCUAACUCAUGGUGUCAACUCUGCCCGCUCAGUUCCUCCUUCCUACCCACCACCACAGGACCCGUUAAACCAGGCCCAGUACCUGGUCCCCGAUGGCAUCGCUCAAUCGCAAGUCUUUGAGUUCACUGAACCGAAGCGCAGCCAGUCACCUUUCUGGCAAAACUUCAGUAGGUUAACCCCCUUCAAAAAAUAAUACCUAUAGGGAGGCAGGUAAUUUUAAAACAAAGAAAAUAAAAUUAUAUUUAUAGAUGGACCUUUUUUCGGAGAAGAACUGUUGAAAAUUUAUAUAUGUGUGUACACACACACAUAGACCCUUGAGUGUACACAUAAGUGUGUGGGCAUGUGUGCUUAUGCACAUGCAUGCACAUAUACACACACACACAAACACACACAUACACACACAUACACACACAUACACAAACACACACACACACAUUCACACACAUACACACACACACACAGAAGGACCAAAAACGUUUUCUGUUGUUUUGGGGAAUUGAAAUCUAUAGUUGGUAGGAAGAGAUACUACUGACUUAAAAAUAUGUGAUCCCUUCCUUAAAAGUCCUCAGUAUUUACCCUGUUGCCCUCCCCCUUUCUUUCAGAAAUUGGCUUUUGUAUUUUUGUUCCUUUUCUUGCUAAGAUAAUCUUUUUGCUCCUUUGUGAGUGAUUCAUUGACUUGUCAUUACUACCAUAGAUGUAUUUGCAUUAUUUUUCCUCUUUCCUGAUGAUACUGAUGCUGAUCUCUUUUGAAUUUAAUUUUACGUGGUGGGUUUAGAAUUUCUUUCCUCUCUAUUUUACUUUUUACUGAGAAGAGGGAGGAUUUCUUCUAGUCCUUCAUCCAACCAUUUGCAAAUGUUCCUGUAAACCUGCUUUUGUCCCAAACAGCCUUUCCCCUAGCAUCUUCUGUCUACAGUUGUGCCAUUCUACACAUGUUCUGUUGUGCCCUGUGACUUAACUGCUUGGUACUUCUAUUGCUUUCACUGUUUAGAUGUUGUGGAAGGAUAUGAAAUCAAAGAGAAUCAAGGGAAUGUCACUGUAUAAUGAUGGUAGAGAAGACUUCUGUUCAGGAACUAUUCUGCAUUUGGCUGAUUUCUUUUAGUGAUGAGAGUUCCCACGUUGCAGCACUGCUGAAUCAUUGAAAUUUUUCACCUGAGGGCUAGUUUGAAUCACUUAGUCUCUUCUUCAAGCUACCCUUAUAAUGAGUUGCUUGUGGGGCCUAGCUCUUCCCUAGGCAAAAGAAGAUCUGAACUGGAAGCAAAGAGGUUGAGAUUCUGCCUCUUGGGAAAGGAAUUUAUUCCCUAUUCCCAACCACCCCCCUUAUCUCAUAAAAAGUAAGAAUAAGGUGGAGCUCUCUAUAUAGCAGUCAUUUCAGUGUUCUGGUCAUCUCUACUCCCAUUUGCAAAUUUUUAAGGCAGCAUUGAUAGGAGUCUAUGGAGAGGUUUGAGACAGAACCUACCUGACCAAGAUCAUCAGCUGCCUUCAAAUUAUUAACCUGGACAGAGUCCAAGGCUGAUAGUAAUAACUUAUGGAGAAGCAUAGAGACCAUCAUAGAAAGAGACAGCUUUGAUCCACGAUAAUGUAGAUCCUAUCACCCAAUUAUGUGAGACAUCCCCUGUUGUUAGCAGAUUGCAUGGAAAAUCUUCCCAGGGUCCUGCCUUCCGUUUUCCCUUCCUUAUUUGCCCUGCCCUCUUGGCAGAGGAGGAUUUUGGAUAUAGGUAUAGUUAGAGCCAUCUUGGCACUUAAGGAAGGUCUUGUUUUUGACAUCUUCCCAUUCCAGGACAAUUGAGACAAGUAAGUAAGGAGUCUAUGACUACUUUUCCCUCUGGACAAAGGGUCUGAAGCAGAACACUGAGGUUUAUUCUUGGCAGGCUUUUCACUUGGUCAGAACUAACUUUUCCCACAAAGAAGUAGAAUCCCUACAUAGCUCUUUGCAUGGAUAGAGCUUGAACAGCAAGGAUAGUAUGAUAUAAAGGACUGAGAACAGGCCCUACUGUGAAAAGCCACUGUAGCCAGGAAUCAAUAUUGUGGGUCUGUCCUGGACUUAAUGGGAGAAAACUUUAUUGUGAAAUGACCUUAGCUCACCAAGCAGCAACCAUGGCUGCACACAGGCUUCAACAUAGCUGGCAUCAGUAUUGCUUUGUGCUUCUUGACCUUGACUAGGCCCUACUCAUCUCAGAAAGCUUCUUUAAGGGAAAUAAAUUAUAAAUGGAAGAAGCUUCCAUCCCACCACAGCUAAGUCAUAUUUGUACAGUUAUUAAGGCGAGGACUAGACUGAGCUGAGCAGAGGACCAGGGCUCGGGACUGGCUACCGCUACUUAGCACAUGACAUAGCUACUUAAGCCCUUGGAACCUAUGCCCAGAAUCCAGACUAAAAUGUCCUCCCUGGCAAAUGGUAUGUUUUAGUUGUUUUUCAGGCCUCCUUUCAUUGCUAUUCCUUUUCUUUCUACCCCUUCUCACUAAUUUUGUCAUUGAAAUGCUUCUUAAAGGCUGAGGGGCACACCAGGAGGGGUUGCUUUAACAAGUCCCUAGAUCUACAGCAUCCCUCGGCCAGACCCACUCAUUCUCUUCCCCUUUCUGAGAUCUGCAUCCAGGGUUCCAGGAUCAAGGGUAUCACCUGGUCAUCAUCACCUUCUCUAUCCAACCCACUGGCCUUACCAGAUGCAGAGACAUAGUAAUUUGUAAAGGCACCAAGAAAUCAGCUCUCCAUUGAUUGGAAUGCCCCCUACCCUCAUGGCUCAAAGCAGAUCAGUGGCCAACAGCCUAAAGGGAAGCCUAUUAAUCAUCUGGUCUUAGUAUCAAAACCUAUUGCACCCUCACAGCAAUGCUAUCCCUUAGAAAUCUAUAAUUCUCUGUUUCUGCAUGGCCCUGAGCUCCCUUUUCCUCAACUCAAUGAGGCCUGGAUUGCUCUCCAAAAGGCUUCUUCUCUAGUUUGUUCUGUGAGUCCUGCUGUGGGGAGGUCCUAACACAGAAAUGAAAUUUCUCUCUCCUCUCAUACUCUCUGUCUGUGUAUAUCUUUAAUUGAUCUAUUAAGACAGCAAAAGAGAGUUCUAACAAUUCUAGUAUGAAACCAAAUAGUGAUAUUUUAGUGGUUUGGGAGUGGGGUGGGCUGGGGUGGAUAGAUGGGCAACAGUGAUUUUGGUUACCCCUGCUGUUCUGCAUUUGCCAGUUGAUUCUUUUGUUUAUACUCUGACUGUUUGACCCUGUCAAACAAGUGUCAAAAAUGUGUAUUUAAAAAUGUUUAACAAAAAAAUGUAUUGACACAAAGCCUUAUGAAAAUAUUUAUGGAGUUCAAUAAAAGAAGUAAAAAGAAA